CUUGUUGAAACCGUGCCAACAAGCAGUAGACAAAAUGGAUGUGUGGCUACCGAUGGAAUCUAACCCUGAGGUGCUGUCCAACUAUAUGGUAAAGUUGGGCGUAUCGCCACUGUGGAGUAUCGUUGACAUCUAUGGCAUGGAUGAUGAGCUGCUCGAUAUGGUCCCGAAACCGGUCAAAUCGUUGAUCUUUCUGUUUCCUUGCUCCAAAGCGCAUGAAGAGUACCGUGCCAAGGAAGACGAGGAACUGAAGGCCAAAAACGUCGACCAUCCCAAGAGUCUCUUCUUCACCCGUCAGUUCGUACACAAUGCGUGCGGUACGAUUGCCAUCGUUCAUGCCAUUCUGAACAAUCAGGACAUAGAACUUGAACCGGGCAGUGUGCUGAAGAAGUACUACGACAGUGCCAAGGACCUAUCACCGGACGAUCGUGGUGAGCUGUUGAACAAAAAUGUGGAGCUAAAAACAACGCACGAAGAGAAUGCUCAACAGGGCCAGACGGUCACACCCAACAUUAAUGAUGCGGUGUACCAUCACUUUAUCGCGUUUGUCGAGGUCGAAGGGACGCUGUACGAGCUGGACGGGAGGAAGAACUUUCCGGUCACACACGGCAAAACAACGCCAGAAACGUUGCUAAAGGAUGCGGUUCAGGUUUGCAAAAAGUUUAUCGAGCUGGAUCCGUCCGAGGUUCGCUUCACUCUGCUGGGGCUCGUACCGACACAGUAG